AUGACGCCGUACGCCAGCUUGAUGGUGCGCGCCGCCGCCGCCGCCGCCGCAACCAACGGCGCCGGCCCAGCGAAAGGAGGUCAGACAGCCGCAGAUAAGGCCGAGAAGGCCCGUCAAGUCAUCGCCUCGCUUCGUAAGCAAUCUUAUGUGAUCUGUUGGAACUUCUUCUUAACACAUCGGAGCUAAACGAACCUGGUUCAAUUAUACCAACAGGAGUCACCAGGAUUUACAACUACAUUGCUGCUGGUGUUCUAGGCCUCUUUGUACUUCGUCACGUUCUGCGACAAGUACACUGGUUCGUGCUUGCCCGUCGAGCCCGAGUUGCUCGUGAAACGGCCGUCACCACAUCCGAGAAAGGGUCGCAUGCGGUUCUUGUCGACCGUCCGGCUUUACUUCGACUCAGCGAUACUGUCGAUACAUGGAUGGCAAAACCCCUCGGCGUUUGGCCGUUCACGCCGGAAUGGACUCGCAUGCGAGCUUUGCUCGUGACGCUCAUAGUUACGGUCAGUGCCAAAAUCCAUCCACCGACCAUCACAUUGCAUCCGAUCUCUACUGACUCGUCAUCACAAAAAAUCUUGGCCUCCAGCUCAACAUUGCAAGUUCGAUCCCACAUUGACGUGACCUACGUCUCCUAUCGGUCUUCUCCCGCCCUGACGAUGCCUUCUCUCGAAAAUGCAUAGGUUGCUUGUCUCGUCGUGGACACCAAACUGCACACCCCUGCUACUCUUCGCUCAAAUGUAGCCCGCGCAUUUUCCCGUCGCUGUGGACGAAUGGCCGCCGCCAAUUUCCCCCUCUUGUGAGCCCUCCUCGAGGCGGAGGCUUCGCCUCGUUAGCGAGCUAGGAAGCAACCCGCUUACGAUUAUCUCUCGCAGGUAUCUUUUUGCGGGCCGGAACUCUGUCGUCGUCUUCUUGACUGGUGAGUAUGGUUUGGAACGGCGGUCUGUCUAUAGUGAGCUGGUUGUGUGCUUGCGGCUGACUUGUAAUCCAAUCACUUCUUUCCCCAAUCAGGCUUCGAAUAUCAGGUCGGUCCAGGGGUUUGCCCAACACACCGUUACUAUGCUCAAGCUCAUGGGUUCUCAAUUUGUUGUAGACCGUUCGAUUCUACCACAAAAUCUUGGGUUUCCUUGUGGUACGUAUUUGAACAAAUCAUUGCCUGCCCGCGAUUCGGCACAAUUAACCAAUGCUUCAUUCCUCGUUUCCCACAGUUCCUACAAUGUUUCGUCCACACCUUUUCAUACAUCGGCUACUAUCUCAACGGACCCGGAGCUGAAGCACUGCAUGAGGAGUGGACUGAGACGUAUCUCAAGUAAGUAACCCUUUGGACUUGUACGAGCCGCAAACUUGCUCACGCUCGAGCCCCCUAUCGUCAGGCUCGGAAUCGUCGCGCUAGUGGGUGGCGCCAUCAACUGCUUGAUUUACUUCAGAUUCCUCCGCGUGAGAAUGUACGAAAUUUUGCUCCUUAUGCACGCCAUUGGUGCCGUGUUCAUGCUUGUCGGUGCCUGGUAUCGUAAGUGGAGAAUGUGGCAAGCUUUCCUCUUUCGCUACAAACUCGGCACUGACCCCGCGAGGACGUUUUCGUACCAUUUCAGACCGUCCCAUCAUGCGCACCUGGGUGUGGGCCGCUGUCGGUAUCUGGGCUUUCGAACGACUCACUCGACUCGUCCUGCACAUCUCGAGCUUCUUCGCGCUGCGUCAACCGCUCGUCAACGCACAAGCCCGAGUCGUCAGCGGCGCCAUCUUGCUCUCGAUCCCGUUCCCUUCCAACGCCUGGUCCGCAGGUCAACAUGUCUACGUCUCAUUCUGGGGUAUUCAGAUGCUGAAGACCCCUUGGGUUUACGGACAAAGUCAUCCUUUCUCUAUCGCCAACGCGAGUGGCGAUAAGAUCGAUCACAUCGAGCUCGUCAUGAGGAUCAAAUCAGGCAUGACCCAAAGUCUCGCGAAACGGGUCGCCUCACUGUGUGCUCAAAAAGGUGUCGAAUCCGUUGGGGUUCUAGUUUCGGUCGAAGGUCCCCAUGGCGGUCUGGCCUCCUCCGACCUGAAGGACGAAGGUGCCGUCGAGUCGCUCGUUCUCGUCGCUGGUGGUUCGGGAAUCACGCACGUCUCCUCCAUUUUGGGUCAAGCGAUGGCUCAACCUUCUCGGGUGCUCAAGAAGGUCAACCUCGUUUGGGCUAUCCAAAGCAAAGGUAAAGCACAAAGAACCUGAGCUUGAUUCCCGAGGCCGAACUGACCUCGAAUUGAGAACGUACCUCCUAACUUGCAGAGCAAAUCGAAUGGAUCCGUCCCCAACUGACCGCUUGCCAAGAACUCGCCUCCUCGACAUCCAUCGCCCUCUCGAUCGACAUCUACGUCACCCGUCACGGAGCCGAAGCUCUCGAACCCGGAACGCUGCCCUCCCUCGAAGACGUAUCGCCCGGCGGCGCUUCUUCUUCUUCCAACGACGAUUCAGGAGUUACGACCCCUUCGGAGAUGCCUGAGCGUAAAUACUCUUUCGGGGAAGAAGCCAAAGGCGAUCCUUCUGUCGGACCUUUCGUCCGCGUGCACCGUGGUCGACCGGAUACGAUCCGUCUCUUGAGUCAAGCGAUCGAGAGUGGCGAACAACGUUUCGGUCGCGCGCUCGUCGUUUCGUGCGGUCCGGAUACUUUGAAUGAGGAAGUUAGGUUGGCAGCGCGCGAAUUCGAUUCUUCGGUCGAGGUUCAAAUCACCAAGUUUGAUUUCUGA